AUGAUGAUCCCGAAAUUUAUAUCCCGAGCGGUCGUUCGAGCUGCAUCCACUUUUUCACGGCCUACCAAAGCUGCAGGGGAUAUAUCAUCGGUCUUCCCUAGCUUGAGGCCUGAUUUCAAGCCUCAGCCCCUCCCGUCUCGGUUUCAGGAGCUCAAAAUAAACCUCUUCCACAACAAAGAGGGUGCUCUGGUGGAUAGCUGGGCUAGAUUAUUAGCUAGCCUUAAGGAUGAAGUGCAAGAGAUCCGUGAAAUCAGUGGUAGCGUUAUACCAUGCAUCGAUUACUCCGAUGUGGUAUCGGGGAAAGUUGACCCUGGUAAGAUAGAGGAGAUUCGUCAUCGUGGAUCUGCAGUUAUAAGGGGUGUCAUUCCGAGGUCGACCGUUCUCGACCUAAAACAGCAGGCGAGAGAUUAUAUCUCUGCUAACAGAGACAGGGUGAAAGCGUUUCCCCCCACCUCACCUGCUGUCUAUGAACUUUACUGGUCACCUCCACAAGUCACAGCUAGGGCUCAUCCGAAUAUGAUGCAAACCCAACGCUUCCUGCAAGGGAUUUGGCACUCUUCGGACCCCCACACGCAGCUCUCCACAACAUAUCCCCUCACCUACGCUGAUCGACUUCGCAUUCGGGACCCAGGCGAUGCCAAGUUUGCCCUAGGCCCUCACGCCGAUGGAGGAUCCCUUGAAAGAUGGGAGGAUCCAGAAUACUCGAGAGUUUAUCAGAAAAUCCUCGACGGCUCUUGGGAGGAAUAUGACCCCUGGGAUGCUAAGCAUCGCAUUCACGCUAAGAUGGAUCUUUACAAUGGAGCUGGUGCCUGCUCCAUGCUUCGAUUCUUCCAGGGGUGGCUAUCGAUGUCGGACACGGGCCCCGGAGAGGGCACCUUGCACGUAUGCCCUAUGCUAAAACACAGUACUGCAUAUACCAUCCUCCGUCCAUUCUUCGAUGUCAAUACCUCGGAGCCGCUGCUGGACUCUUCAUUCCCAGGCUCGGUUCCGGGAGCUUGCCAGGAAUACUCGGACCUCACUCAUCCACAUCUGGAACUUGACACUACCAUGGUAUCCGUACCUCGUGUGGAACUGGGGGAUUACGUUGCAUGGCAUUGCGACUCGCUCCAUUCGGUGGACAAGGAACAUCGAGGGAAAGGUGACUCGAGCGUACUUUAUAUCCCCGCAACGCCGCUAUGUGAAAUGAAUGCAAGAUAUCUUGAGAAGCAGCGCCAGGCCUUUUUGUCAUUGUCUCCCCCUUGGGAUUUCCCGGAUGCUGGAGGACCUGGUGAGUCUGGCUUUACUGGAGCUGUGGACUGGUCAUUCGUUAGCAAGGACGGGCUGCAGGCAAUGGGCAUGGGGUCUGUUCCUUGGCAGGUCCAUGAAGGUAUGUCUCAGGGUGAGAAGGAAGUUAUUGAGAAUUGUAACCGGAUUGUUUUUAAGAAUGAGUUGUAA